GAUUUAGAAGCGUACAGCAGUAGCUACUCAGGUUUAGCUAAGCUUUAUAGAUUGCUUUACAUAGCUGAUCACUGUCCUUCCUUAAGGAUUGAGGCAUUAAAAAUGGCAUUAUCUUAUGUGCAAAACACAUACAAUGUGAGCAUGUAUCAAAUGAUCCAUAGAAAACUCCUGGAAGCAGCUGGCAAUUCUAAUCUUCCUGAUGUCACUGGUGGUCUGAAUGCUGGAGUUUUGCCUUUGGACACGCAGUGGAUUGAAACUAAAAGUAAGAAAGCUGCUCUGAAAUUAGAAAAGCUUGAUACUGAUCUAAAAAACUAUAAAAGCAACUCUAUCAAGGAAAGUAUCAGACGGGGCCACGAUGAUUUAGGAGACCAUUAUUUGGAUUGUGGAGAUCUAAGUAAUGCGUUAAAAUGUUAUUCCAGAGCAAGAGAUUAUUGUACUAGUGGAAAACAUGUCGUGAACAUGUGUCUGAAUGUCAUUAAGGUCAGUGUUUAUCUUCAGAAUUGGUCUCACGUGCUGACUUACGUUAAUAAAGCUGAAGGGACUCCAGAAGUGGCCGAGGUGAAUGAGAAAGAUGCAAACCAGUUGGUCCUUACUAAAUUAAAGUGUGCUGCCGGCUUGGCCGAAUUAGCCACUCAUAAAUACAAAUCUGCUGCCAAAAAUUUCUUGCUAGCAUCCUUCGAUCACUGUGAUUUCCCAGAUCUUCUUUCACCGAACAAUGUUGCUAUGUAUGGAGGCCUCUGUGCUCUCGCUUCCUUCGAUCGACAGGAACUUCUGAAGAAUGUGAUAUCUAGCAGCUCUUUCAAGUUGUUUCUGGAAUUGGAGCCUCAACUGCGAGACAUUAUAUUUCGUUUCUAUGAAUCUAAAUAUGCUUCUUGUUUGAAACUGCUGGAUGAAAUUAAGGUAACUAAACAAAGCAUUUUUCAAGAUAGCUCUUUCACAGUGAUGGUAAAAAUUUUGUAUCACAUGCCAAAAAACAUGGUUCGCCAUCAGUAUUUCAGUCCCUAUUCAUCUGCAGACAUGAAUAAAAUGGCUCAGGCUUUUAAUACUACAGUGAGUGCUUUAGAAGAUGAAAUCAUGCAGUUGAUUCUCGAUAAUCAGAUUCAAGCGAGAAUCGAUUCUCACAAUAAGAUACUGUAUGCCAAAGACAUUGAUCAGAGGAGUACUACGUAUGAGCGGGCCAUUAAGAUGGGUAAAGAGUAUCAGCGACGCACAGCGCAACUCAUUUUGAGAGCUGCCAUGUUGCGUAAUAACAUACAAGUUAAGAGCCCACCACGUGAAGGGUCCCAAGGGAAUGAAUUAAGCAUGACACCCGUAAACAGCACUCCAAGAACUUAAAAUCUGAUCAAUAAAUUUUCAUUAUUUGCUGCCAUGAUGUAUUCCUGCAUUUUGUGAAAAAGAUCUUGUCUAAUCCAUAGUUUGUGUGGUUUCCCUGUUUCAUUUAACUACGUAUUCACUCUGCUUAACAUUUAAGAAAUAUAAGAGUAGAUAUAA